AUGGACUCCACCGGAGGAACAGGAUUAUCUUCGGUAGUAUCACUCUCUGAGGAUGGAGUGUACGCCGCCCAAAUGAAUGAGAAAGAUCUUAUUGUCCAUCUAAACCCCGCGUCGUCAGGGUUCAAAGAAGUGGAGAUUGUCAAAACGAAAGAGAGCGCCUCAAAAUUCGUCAAAUUCUCACGCUCUAGUGCAUCAAGUGACCGCGUACUCUGGGCCAGUGAUUUCCGCAUCGUGCUUUGGCAACUGAGCCCGUUGCAACAGCACGCGGAAAUCGAGAAUAUCGAACCCGGCGCGCUGAACAUAGAUUUCGGCGGAGAUGAAAAUGAAAUCAUUGUGUUUCACGCGUGGAAUACCAAAUUGACCAUCUAUUCUUUGGAUACUGGGCGGAGUCAGAUCAUCAAGACACCGAAAUCAUCGCAUUAUAUUAACUUUGGAUAUCGACCUAAGACUCGACAAUUUGCAAUUAUACUGAAACCUGAUGCCAACGAUCUACUCACCAUCCAUGAGUUCCGAUCUUAUGAGCUUAUGGGGCGUGCGGUGCUACCUACGGUGGAUGCUCAGGGCCUGAAAUGGAGUCCUGAUGGGAGGUGGAUAGCUAUAUGGGACGCUGCAAGCACAGGCACGAAAGUGCUUAUUUAUACGGCUGAUGGACAACCUUUCAGGACCUAUACCGGAAGACCAGAAUUGAAUGACACCAUCGAUCUUGGGGUCAAGAACAUACAAUGGAGUCCUGUUGCCCCUAAUACCGGUGCAUCUGAAUACUUGGCCGUGGGCAAGGUCGACGGCACCAUAGACCUUCUCAAAAACAGAACAUUCACUUGUUCCAUUUCGCUCGCACAUGUCGCCCCAGCCGAUCAGAAUUUCUUCGUGGUCUGGCGAGAGCAAUUUACAAAUGCAGACGGCGACCUCGAAUACACAGAGGUGCCGGGCCUCUCUGCACCCGCCAUGCUCUCAGAAACUUCUACCCCACAGCGUGGUGUUUCGAUAAUGUCGUUCAGCUCAGAAGGAAGUCUGCUCACAACCGUAGAUCAGACACGGCCAAACAUCGUCUGGGUAUGGACGCUCGGAUCAGCACCGGGGCUCUUUGCGGCCCUUUACCACGAACAUCCAGUCAAACAGGUUGUAUGGCAUCCUUCGGAAACAGCAAUACUCAUAACGACGGCGAAUAAUGUCACGGCGGCGGUACACUAUUGGUCCCCGAAUGGUCCACCUGUGGUGGUUCGGGUACCUGUAUCGCGGAGUGAAAGUGGAAAAUACGACGUGCGAUGGCUAUCUUCAGGCCAGGAUAGUGAUUGGAGGUUUUGGUUUGGUACACCAGAUGACUACGUGUUAGGAGAUAUUGAGGACCAGGGGGUUAUUCCACAAUUUCGGGUACAUUAUUCUGUUAAUAGUAAGGCGCCUACGGGAAGUCUUGGUACCAGUUUUUGA